GGUGGGCCAGCAGGGCCAGAGAGGUGCUGCUCCCGCUGCCGCUUGCUGCCGCUGCUGCUGCUGCUGCUACUGCGGCGGCUGCGCCCGCGGCACCGAGGACAAGGCUGAGGCCGAGGUGCGCGCUUGGCUAACGUGCCGGAUCCGCGCCUCUCAGUCGCACCGGCCUCUGCGGCCGCUUGCGUUUCUCGGCUGGUGUGUACAGUGCCCCGGCGAGGAUGCGGCUGUUCCGGUGCCUGCUGAAGCAGCCGGUGCCCAAGCAGAUUGAGCGCUACUCACGCUUCUCGCCAUCUCCCCUCUCCAUCAAGCAGUUCCUGGACUUCGGGAGAGACAAUGCAUGUGAGAAAACUUCAUACAUGUUUCUACGGAAGGAGCUUCCUGUGCGCCUGGCUAACACCAUGAGAGAAGUCAAUCUUCUGCCAGAUAAUUUACUUAGCCGCCCUUCGGUGGGAUUGGUCCAGAGUUGGUAUAUGCAGAGCUUCCUUGAACUUCUGGAUUAUGAAAAUAAGAGCCCUGAGGAUCCAAAGGUCUUGGAUAACUUUCUACAAGUUCUGAUUAAAAUCAGAAACAGACACAAUGAUGUGGUUCCUACAAUGGCACAAGGAGUGAUUGAAUACAAGGAGAAGUUUGGGUUCGAUCCAUUCAUUAGCAGUAACAUACAGUAUUUUCUGGAUCGCUUCUAUACCAACCGCAUCUCCUUCCGCAUGCUUAUUAAUCAGCACACACUUCUCUUUGGUGGUGACACUAAUCCUGCUCAUCCUAAACACAUCGGAAGUAUUGAUCCCACCUGCAAUGUCGCUGAUGUCGUGAAAGAUGCCUAUGAAACCGCCAAGAUGCUAUGUGAGCAGUAUUACAUGGUAGCUCCAGAGUUGGAAGUUGAAGAAUUUAAUGCCAAAGCUCCAAACAAACCUAUUCAGGUAGUUUAUGUGCCCUCACAUCUGUUUCACAUGCUAUUUGAGUUGUUCAAGAACUCAAUGAGAGCGACCGUCGAACUCUAUGAAGACAGAAAAGAAGCCUACCCUUCUGUUAAAACCCUUGUUACUCUGGGUAAAGAAGACUUGUCCAUUAAGAUCAGUGACCUAGGUGGUGGCGUUCCCCUUCGAAAAAUAGAUCGUCUUUUUAACUACAUGUACUCAACUGCUCCUAGACCAAGCCUGGAGCCUACAAGAGCUGCCCCUCUGGCCGGAUUUGGUUAUGGCUUGCCAAUUUCUCGUCUGUAUGCUAGAUAUUUUCAAGGAGAUCUAAAACUGUAUUCUAUGGAAGGAGUGGGUACAGAUGCUGUAAUUUACUUGAAGGCUCUCUCAAGUGAAUCAUUCGAGAGGCUUCCAGUAUUCAAUAAGUCAGCCUGGCGCCAUUAUAAGACCAUGCCUGAAGCCGACGAUUGGAGCAAUCCCAGCAGUGAGCCCAGAGAUGCUUCAAAAUACAAGGCAAAACAAGACAAGAUCAAGACCAAUAGAACUUUCUAGAGAACUGAAUGCUUUGGUCCUCUCUGUGAAGAAAGAUCAUCUCGCGCAAGUCAACCUCUGAGCUCCUUUCCUCUACUCUGAGCGUGACACCAUCAUUAUUCUAGAGCUGGACCUUUGCCAGAGAAACUUUUCCUGUAGUUACUUCAGAGUUUCCACAAAAGUAGUCAACUGAGUAAUUUUUCAUGUUAUGUUGUGGUUUGGUUGGUGCCGUCAUAAGAGAGCACAGAGCCUCGCGAGUGCUCUCGUGUCCUCAUACCUCUCUCCUCAUUAUCACGAGUCAAGUGUCUACAGUGUUCCCAGGGUUCUAAGGUCCCUCCGCAUUCCGGAUACAGCAGAUCUCUACUGUUGCAGUUUAUGACCAAAUACCAUGUUUGUCCCAAACCACCAACGAAGGCCUGGGGAACAUGAGAUUGAAGACACGAGUUGAGUGUGUCUCGGUAAUUCAGUCCCAGAGCCCCUCCUCCCUCACAGACAUCCAUCCUCACUCCCUGAGGGAGAGUUUUGCCUUCUGCCAUCUGAUCAUAUUCUCAUUGUGAGGUGCGUGUACUUUUGUGCUAGAUCUUACUCUUUGAUGCAUUGGCUUUAUUUUACAAUUCAUUUGUAUACUUUUAUUCUGUCCAUUAAAGCAUUCCAAAAGUUGUCUUGGAAUUUUUCACUUAGCUGCUUGGUUUCAAAGAUCUUAAGUGAAAAACUACCUUGUGGUCACUAUCCAGUUUGUAAAGAUUGGGAAGUGGAGCUCUUACACUUAUGUGCCCUUUUUAGCAAUCUAAUAGUGGACCUUGGUCACAUUAUGUUCCUUUGUAGUUUUUUAAGGAAUUGCUACUUCUCGUGUGAGGGUACUUCACUACUUGUAAAAUAGACUAUGAAAGGGAAAAGUUCUUUUGAGUUUAUUUUGAAAAAUGCCCUAGGUCUUCAUAAUUUUCAGUUUCAUACAUUUUAGCCAGUUGUAGACUUGCCGAUCUGAUUUUCACAAUCCUUCGCUUUUUGCUGAAAGUUGGAAUUGGCAGAGAACUUGGGGCAAGGGAAUAGGACUCAUUAUUAUUUACCCAUAGAUUAGGGGAGCUGUCCAAGAGUCCAGAUGACACCCCACCACUUACAUAGCUCCACAGAAAGUGUUUCUUUCAUUUCAUCAUGUGGUAGUUACCCUUCAUCUUCAGAAAGAUCCCAUUUCUUUCAUCCUUGGAAGGAUCUCAUCCGAAAACUCACAAUCAGGUGCAAGAAAGGCCGAUGUACUUCCAACACCGGGGUGACAAGAUGGCAGUCCUUGUGGAGGCCCAAGCAGGGCAUUUUCAUAUGAUUAUUUCCUUGUGUAAAAGAUAUAAAAAAAUAGUGGUUCUUUACAUUUACACACCCUGAGUAUCUUGCUAGUCCUCCAUUUAUUACUCCUUUACACUUCCAAGUAUGGUGCACUGUGUGGGGAAGGAAGGUCCUGGGAGUGUUCCUUCCUACCUUGUUCUAGUUCACUGUGCCUAAGGAAUGCCCGUUGAUCGUUAGGCCCUCACGGCAGGUUCCAUGUAAAGGUCGAAGAGGGAAAAUGCGGUGUGGGAAGAUCCUAUCGCAUCUCUCCCUUUCAGGUCUUUUUCAAAAGUAAAGUUUUCGUUCAGUAUUUUAAUGGCUUAAUUAGUAGUCCUUUACUCAUAUGCUUUCUGGUUUACUCAUAUCCAUCUGAUGCCAAUACGAUCUUGCCUCCUCUUUGCUCUCUGCAUUAAGAAUUUAACUUUGCUCCCGAAGUAACCAUAAGAAGAGUUUCAGGAACAUCUGGCGUCCUCACAGUUUAGUGCCCCCAAGUAUUCAUUUAUUCGCUUUGUUGGCUGUGCCUGAUUCUUUGAACUUAGGUGCAUUUCUCUGGCUGCUUGACAGGUUUGUUUCUAAACAAACGGUCCAAAGUCUACGUGUAAGUUGUAAUAUAAAUAGACAUUGAUGCCUUUUCCACAAAAUUCAUGUAGUUCAACCAGUUCCUCUCUUUGCCUUUCAUUUGACUUCAUUUUAAGUAUUUGGAAAGUGUGUCUACUAUUUGGAACAGUGCCUGGCACAUAAUAGGUGCUUAAUAAACAUUAGCUGAAUGAAGGCGUGAAGAUUGAGAGACAUUUACUACGGGUGGAGGCCAACAUCUCUCUAAGUUCUUAAACUGUCUUUGUUCCCAAAUUAAAAAUCAUUCCAGUCAGGGACUGUGGAAGUGCUGAAUGUCCUUUUUGUGGUGCUAAGCAGUGACUUUAAAAUGGAGAGAAACAAAAGUCCCUACUUCUUUCAGUGGGGACGGAUCCACAGGAGGCUUCUGAUACUUUCUUGGUCUUCACAUACUCAUUUUGACCCCUUCAUACAGUUGGUUCUUUCCAUCCAACCAAGCAGCGUGGGUUUAUAGCCUUGUUUGUCGAUCCCAAAGAGCUUUUACAUGCAGCAUCCCCUGAUCCUUACCGUGCCGUGCGGAGGAGCACACAGACAUUAUCUCUGUUUUUCGUGAGUCCCAAAGCAGUGCGGUGUUUGCCAAGGUGACACGGUAAGUGAAUAGAAGAACCAAAGUGAGUAGUCAGGUCUUAUUCCUAGGCUGGUACUCUCAGCAAUGCACCAGAUAAUUAGCAUUCUCUCUCCUGAGGAAAUUCUUGGGUGUACCAAGCCCCAGGGGUAAGAUGUAAGCCACAAUUUUUCUAUAGUGCAAGAGAAUUCUAUUCAGGAGAGGUUUUCUUUUGUGUGUUUUCAUUUUGGCAUAGUUAGUUAGAGGAGAUAAUCGAAUGGAUUUGGCAAGUUUUACCGAGGAAGACAGGAAAACUUAAAGUAUAUAGCAGUAGGUCAUUGUUAGAGUUAUUUAGAUUUAAUUUUAUGUUUGAAUGAACUCAGUGCUCACUGCCAGCCCUUCAUACAAAGAUUCCUCAUUCAAGAGUUGAUGCUUUUAUCUUUGGGUGGGCUGGUUGCAGCCUCAGUUGGAUUUUGUUACAUGUUUCCAAAUGCACCUCUAUUGCUCUUCCAUAUGUUGAGUAACUUGGCUGGCUCUCAGGUUCUUGGGUCACAUCCUUUGUCCCUCGAUUCUUUGGACACCUCCAUUUAUUGUCUUCUAGUGUCUGGUGAUGCUGAGAAGGCAGAAUCCCGACAGAACUUUCUCCCCCUUUGGUAGAUGACCUGCUUGUUUGCUCUGGGUACUUGUGAUUUCUUGUUUAUCCUUGAAUUCGGUAACUCCAUUUGAGGGUAUGUCAGAGUUGACAGACAUCCGUUGGCUUUUUCUGGUUCUCAAUGACAUUCAGUAUUGACAUUUGACCCGACUGUAUUUCUUACUAGUUUGUUUUCUUCUUCAACAGUUUGUCCCAGUACUAGCUGUCGGUUAUCUGUCCUUCAUAUUUAUCACUUUUUCAAUCACUGUCACCUCCUUGUCUUGCUUCCAUAGUGUUGAUCUAGGCCUCGAUGCUUCCAAUGUGCCUUUCACUUCUGUCGUGGUUUUAUUUUUUAUCUGUUUCUUUCUUAGCUCUGCCACCUUUCUUCUCUCAUCGUGUCGUCCUGUUUGGCUCCUUAUUUCAUUGCAUUUGGAGACUGAACAGUGAGGUCUACAUUUUUUGUGGUUUUUGAAGUUAUUCUGUUUCCAGACUGUGUGUUUAUCCGUCUUUCGUUUCUUUCAUUCCUUUCCUUUUCUGUUGUCUUGCUCGGUUAUUGUUUUACAAGUAUCGUGAUGGCUUUUCUGCUUAUUAUUUGUCCUUGCAUGGGACCAGUUCUGUCUGCCCAAGAAGAAGAUGGACAAAGCCUUCUUGAGUCCUCCCUGAAGUGAGAAGUGUUUGAACAAUCACUGGGCUGGGUGAUCACUUGAAGUGCAAGGUUAGAUCUUGAUGGGUCCUACUGGUGAGGCUGUUGUUUUGUUUUUCAUCCUGCUCUCUAGAUAUGGGGAAAUAGGGAAUGAAGCAAAAUCUCCUUGGGCCAUGUUGUCUGUGAGUCUCUUCCAUGGACAGUGUGGGAUCCUCUCUUCCCUGGGGCGGCCAGGUCCCAUUGGGGGAGAGGGACUCCCUUGACUUUUCCCAUUUAUACUAGAUGUCACGCUAGCAAAAGCGUGGAGAGUUUGUACUUAGGCUCUGCUGGAUUAUAUGUACAGCAGGUCCUUGAAUAACAUCAGUUUGUUAUAACAUUGAUGAGAUGCCAUAGGAACUGAACUCUUGUCUAUAUCAAUUUACCUGUGGUAAAACUGGUUUUGUUGUAUAUCGCCGUUUCACUUAAGGUCAAAGACCCUAUCCGCAAUGUUGAGUGAGGACUUACUGUAGUCAGCGUGUGUGUGGUUGGCUCCUGAGUUACACAAGCGGUGCACCUGAGAUCUCAACCUCCCUUCUUAGGUUUUCUUCUGGACAUGUGCUCAUGUUGUAUGAGAACUCUGCUGCUCCGGGCUGUCACUAGUCUUGGUUUUCUACAAGUUAAGUAACAUUUCAUUGGUAGAGUUCUUUGGAACAUACUUGCAAAUGGCCCAGCAACUAUGGUUUACUCGGAAAAUUUCAGAAUCUUCCUUUGCUGAGUCCCCAACUUCAUUGUGUCUGUCAGACACUCCCCUAGAGUCUUCGAUAUGUGGCGGUAGCUUUUAUUUGUUUCAUUACAGAGAGCUGCUUCAGUUUUCGGUUGUGUGUGUUGAAGGGUAGGUGCAGCGAGGUAAGCAUGCAUUUAUUCUGCCAUCUUUCCCAGUGGCCCAGGAGCUUAAUGAAACAUUAACUUUGAAGGGAAUGUACUUCAUAAUCGUAGUCCAUGUUGGUAAGCAGGACUCAAUAUCACUAGGAGGGAAGAACCAUUAAUAACUUGAUCAAUACAGGAUUUUUGUUUAUUGUUUAUAGUGGAAAGAUAACUUUUAACUCAGGUUCCUGUUCCAUCAGUUACAGAUAUCAGUACGUUCUGGUUUGAAAGUAAGGGACAUUGGACAUUUUAAUGAAUGUAAGAUGUUAUCAGACCCUGAGAAUUACUUAGGAGUUCAUUAAAUAUAAUAGAAUAUUUCUAACUAGCACAUAAUCAGAGUUAUCAAGAGAA